UUCCCUGCAGGUCGAUGAGGAAUUCGAGAAGCUCGUCAUUCGCAUGAAUCCUCCCAUGUUCGUUCAAUUUUUCUUCACUUUCACACACUCUCUCAUCAUCGCUUUUCUUUUCUUUCUGUCUCAUGUAUCAAUUUCUUUGAGCGACCAGGGUUUCUGUUGAUAACACUUCCAGCUCCACCACUACUUUAAUUAAGUUUGCAGGUCGAUAGCGCGAAUAGGCGUGGGAGCUUGCUUGAGGUUGUUCAGGUUCUUACUGAUAUGAAUCUUAUCAUACGACGGGCUUACAUUUCUUCGGACGGAGAAUGGUUCAUGGAUGUUUUUCAUGUUACGGAUCGAAAUGGGAAUAAGCUUCUUGAAGACGAUGUAGCUGAGCGCAUUCAACAGUCACUUGGUCCAAGAGGGCAUAGUUUCCGGUCGUUGAGAAGGUCGGUUGGGGUGCAAGCUGCAGCAGAGCACACAACGAUUGAAUUGAGUGGACGAGACAGGCCAGGAUUACUUUCAGAGGUAUUUGCAGUUCUUGCGGACCUGAAAUGCAAUGUGGUAGCAGCAGAAGUGUGGACCCACAAUUCUAGAAUGGCAUCAGUUGUCUACAUCAGUGACGAGGAAACUGGGUUGCCCAUUGACAACGCUGAUCGGGUUGUUAAGAUUAAACAGCUUCUACUGUAUGUGCUGAAAGGUGACAGUGACAAGCGGACUGCCAACACUGCUGUUUCCGUUGGUUCCACACAUAAGGAACGUAGGCUUCAUCAAAUGAUGUAUGCUGAUCGUGACUAUGACAAAAGUGAAGCAGACUGUGGAUCAGCUACAACAUCUAGUGACAGAAGCAAAACGCUUGUGACUGUUGAUGAUUGUGCAGAUAAGAGAUACACUGUAGUGAAUUUAAGGUGUCCAGACCGACCCAAGUUACUUUUUGAUACAGUCUGCACUCUCACGGACAUGCAAUAUGCGGUUUACCAUGGAACCGUCCUUGCUGAAGGACCAGAGGCAUAUCAGGAAUAUUAUAUAAGGCAUAUGGAUGGUUGCCCUAUUAGUUCUGAAGCAGAGAGGCAAAGAGUAAUACACUGCUUGGAGGCUGCGAUUAGGAGACGAAAUUCUGAGGGUAUACAGCUGGAGCUUUGUGGGGAAGACAGGCUUGGGCUACUGUCAGAUGUGACUCGCAUAUUUAGAGAAAACGGACUUUCAGUGAGUAGGGCUGAAGUAACAACAAGCGGACGCCAAGCCAUGAAUGUAUUUUAUGUGACUGAUGUGUCGGGAAAUGCUGUUAGGAGUGAAACAGUAGAGGCAGUUCGAAACGAGAUUGGGCUAACCAUACUGCGUAUCAAAGAUGAAGUGUGCUCGUCAAGAUCUCCGUCCCAGGAGAGCAGCAGAUUAUCCUCUUUGGGUAAUCUCUUUCGAUCAAGCUCCGAGAAAUUCCUUUAUAACUUGGGUCUCAUCAAGUCUUAUUCUUGAUGCCCAGUUUGAAAAGGGAAAUCCCAUUCGGAACUUUAGGAUCAAAUGAAGACAGAAAUGAAGUGGGAAUAGUGGGUCUUGCUUCUAACUUGAGGCUCUCACAAAGGUAGAGUCUAUCAUUCCCCCCCCCCCCAAAAAAAAAAAAAAAAAAAAAAUUCUUUGUUUCCUCUCACCCACCCAGUUUCUGUGUGAUGUGUCAUAGUUGACUGUGAUGUGGAACAUAUCAUCGCUAUGAUUUCUCUAGGUCUUGUGUCAGCAUAUGCUUUUUAAUUAGAUGUCAUGUUGUAAAGUUUAGUCACUGGGCAUGCUUUUGUACAUAUAGGAAUGUCCCUUGUUGUGUUUCUUGUUUUAGCUUUACAUCAUUGUGCAUAAAUAUGAGGAACCGCACUGGUCCAAGCUAUAUGCUCAACUUCACAAAGGCAACAAGUGCACGAUGCUUCCAAGGCACACACCAAUGGAAGGAGAAAGAAUAAU